CGGCGGCGGGAGGAGGCGACGUGGAGCUGCUCACACACACCUUACUGGCGGCACACACACACACACACACACACACACGGUCACUCCCUCGCCUGAUGUCUCGUCCUCACCAUCCCUGUGUUAGUUAGUCCAUCCGGUCCUCAACCUCAACUUCAAGGCUGAGAGAGAUCAUCCUCGUACCUGAACGGACUCGUGUUUCACCCACUUAACCCACACACCUGGCGAGACCCAUCCAGGUGUGAGACCCCACGUGGGUAACCCUGGGGCACUGAGGCACUGACCAGCCGCUACCACCUUCCCCCCCUGGGCCGCCGCCGCCUCAUGGGGAAGGGCGAGGUCAGGGACAUAUUGGCACCCUCACCCCCUUGGAAGCUUGCGAACGCGUGCCCAAGGGUAGAGUGACAGGCAAGAUUAACGGACUGCCAUCAACCGCUCCAGACAGCCCAGCCCUCCUCAGUGUAUGGGCUCAACGCUGGCCUGCCCCGUUCUACACUAUCUCGGUGGCGGAAGGCGACGAGACAAGAGGCGCCAUCACACCCACCUUGCGUCUGAGGCGGGAUGGAGGUAGGCCUGCUGCUGACGUCUUCCCCGGGCUGCAUGGGGGCUGAGUGCGGCAGCGGCGGGGAGGAGGCGGGAGAGGUGCGGCCGGCCAUGCUCCCCGCUGCCUUGCCCUCCGCCCUCCAGCCCUCCCUCACGCCGCCACCCGAAGAUAUGGCAGUCCUCGGGAACUCCUCCAGCGCCCUCCCCGACGUGUCCUUCCCCGCCUACAUGCAGGGGCUCUACACGGCCUGGUGCCUCCUGCUGCUGAUCGUGGGCCUGCUGGGAAACAUGGUGGUGCCGGUGCUGGUGGUGAGAGACAGGGAGCUGCGAGCCGCCUCCACCAGCAUCUUCAUCGUCAACCUUGUGGCCGCUGACUUGCUGGUCCUGGUCGUGUGUCUUCCCACUCUCCUCUCCGAGCUCUACGCGCCCCCCUCCGUCUGGGUUCUCCCGCCCUCCAUGUGCAAGGUGGUGCCCUACGUGGAGUACACCGUCGCCCACGCCUCCAUGCUCACCAUCCUGGCCAUCUCCGUGGAGCGCUACCGAGCCAUCUGCCACCCUCUCACCGCCGCCGCCACCUGCAGCAGAGCGCGCGCCGCCUUCGCCUGCCUCCUCGUCUGGGUGCUAGCCACGUGCAUCACCAGCCCCGUCAUCGCCCUCACGGAGUACACCUACGUCCAGUACAUCGAUCACUCGCUGGUGCCAGUCUGCUUCACGCGGGUCACCUCUCUCUGGGCGAAGGUGUUCGUGGUGUCGUCUAUGGCGGCGCUGUUCUUCCUGCCGCUGGUGGUGCUGGUGCUGCUCUACUGGAGGAUCGCGAGGCAGCUGCUCCUGGACGACAAACAGCUGUGCAAGGACAAGCCCAACCCGAAUCUACAAGCCAGAAAACAGGUGGUGGUGAUGCUGGGCACGGUGGUGGUGGUGUUCUUCGUGUGUCUGCUGCCGCACCGCAUCUUCAGCCUCUGGUUCAUCUUCACCACGGAGAUCGAAGACACCAUCAGCACGGAAGUGUACUUCAACCUGCUGUACGCCUUCCGCAUCCUUGUGUACGUCAACUCCGCCAUCAACCCCGUGCUGUACAACGUCACGUCCUCCAAGUUUAGAGGCGCCUUCUUCAGGCUGCUGGGGCUGCGGCGCGGGGGCCCGCUGCACCACACCGGCACCACCACGGCCCACAACACCACCGUCACGGGGGGCGGCAGCACGCACAACAGCCUCGUCAAGUCGUCGUGGCGCGGCCAGAAGCUGGUGGUGCGUUGCAGCUACACGUGCAUGUGGCGGGAGGGGGAGCGACGCCCCUUGGUGGACAGGCAGCCUCACAGUCCACACACCUGGGGACACACCAACCCUGCGGGACAAACGCCGAGCCCCGCCACCAGUCCCUUCCUGACCCGCGCCUGCCCCCGCCCCGCCAACAGACACCUGGAGAGUUUCGUGUAGCGAGAAGCGCUAUGCCACGGACGACAAGGACGAGGCCAGCGCAGACCCACCAUGUCAUGAGUGUUGGCCGAGGGUGUGUGUGGCCAGCACCAGCCAGUGUGCGGCGCAACGGUCCGCUGGUCGUUUCAGUGUUGAUUUGUUCUCGUAAGAAUGUGUCGUGAGUGUCCGCAAACUUCCGUUCCUGUGCCAGCCGGGCCAACGCUGUUUCACUUAUAUAGGCACCAUGGUCCCGCUGAAGGCAUAGCACACCCAGUGACAGUUUGCCGCCAGUACUUACAUAAUGAGUGAGCAUAUGUUCAGACGGUUGAAGACUUGCUCCAGUAGUGACCCGAAGCCAUCCCGGGGGAGGUGCUUCGCGGACCUUCUGAAGCAGCGCCCAUCAACUCAUUUCGUCUCGGCCUGUCUUUUGGACUGAGGGAUAGAAGAGGUGUUUCUAGGAUGCCCGUCAGCCAGUGGUCUCCCUCCAUCCCAAACGAACAUGAAACUUUGCUAAAUUUUUACAAACCGUCGGUGUUCUUUCAGUAGUGUUCGCUGUGUCUCCAAGGUGUUACAGCAUAAUGGCGCAUUCCACUGCCUCUGUUUUCUUUUCAUUCUUCUUUUCUCCGUUUUCCAUGUACUUAAGCUGUUGCAGUUCUUACAUAAUAUUCUCACUUUGUUUUUUCACACCGUUUUUAUUUUUGCUCAUUCUUUCAUUCCUCUUUUUUUCAUUAUUUUGCUUUUUUUUAUUUCGUUCAAUCUUUCGUUACAUUUUCUUUCAAUCAUUCAUUAUUUUUUUCUCUUCUCACUGUUCCCUUUCCGUUUUCUCUCUUUAGAAUUACACGAAAUAAGGUCAGUGUUUAGCUCAUCAAAGUGUCACUGUGUUGUUUCUAAGUCAGUAAGAAUAAGUAAACGUUUGUGUGUGUGUGUGUGUGUG